AUGCUGGGCCUCCCAAGACGCUCCGCAGCGACGCGCUGCACCAGUUUCGUCUCCACCAGCACCGCCAGCGUCCUGCGCGCCAGGGCCACCCCAUCACUGAUAGCGGCUAAAGACUUCCACUCCAGUCAGCCCCAUGCAGCCUUCAGUCCGACCUGGAUGCCACGGCGCGUAAAGACGCCCUGGAUCGAGGCGCUGACGAAGAGUCGCGAGGAUGCAAAGACAGCAGAGGGCGCGGGGACGCCGCCGGCUAAACCGGACCUAACGCCUAAGAAGAUGUCCGAUAGCUACUACAGCGUGGUGCUCCCCCUGGCGCAGGAUAAGUGGCUUCUGGACAGCUACCUCAACGCCUCCGGUCAUAUCAGACUGGGAUCUCUCCUGAUGGACCUCGACGCUCUUGCGGGCGUCAUCGCCUACAGACACACCGGCGACUCGGUCACGACGGUCACGGCCGCCUGCGACCGCAUCACCAUCGAGCAUCCGCUGAUGGAGAUCUGCGAUCUGGAACUCAGCGGGCAAGUCACCUAUGCCACUGGGCGGUCGAGCAUGGAAGUCUCUCUCCAGGUUUCCAAGGUCCCUACCGAGGGGCAGCCGGCGAAGCCGGAGGAUGUGCUAAUCACCUGCGCUUUCACGAUGGUGUCUCUGGACCCUACUACCAAGAAGCCUGUGCCGGUUGCUCCGAUCCUGGUGGAAAACGCCGAGGAACGCCUCCUCUUCAAGAAAGGCGAGGAAAACUACCAGGCCAAGAAAGCCCUGCGAACACAAAGCCUCCUCGAAAAAGCGCCCAACGCUGACGAGAGUAACCUGAUCCACUCCAUGUGGACCAAGGAGAUGUCGUAUCUCAACCCCGAAUCCCCCGCGCAGCGCCCUUCCAACAUGGUCUUCAUGAGCGACACGGUGCUCAAAUCCGCCAUGAUCAUGCAGCCGCAGGACCGCAACCGCCACAACUUCAUGAUCUUCGGCGGCUUCCUCCUGAAGCAGACCUUCGAGCUGGCCUUCUGCUGCGCCGCCUCCUUCUCGCACACCCGCCCCAACUUCAUCUCCCUCGACCCGAGCACCUUCGAGAACCCCGUGCCCGUCGGCAGCGUGCUCUACCUCCGCGCCACCGUCGCCUUUACGGAGCCGUUCGAGCACGACGGCGCCGAAAGCAAGUACACCAAGGUGCAGGUGCGCGUCGACUCCAAGGUGCGCGACGUCGAGCACGGCACGAAAAAGUCCACCGGCCAGUUCAACUACACCUUCCUCGUCGAGAAGGAUAUCCAGGUCAUGCCCAAGACGUACGGCGAGUUCAUGCUCUGGACCGACGCGCGUCGACGCUCGGAGAAUGCGGCGCUGAUGACGCCGGGGUCGAAGGAGCCGAAUACGCUGCGCGCGUUCAAGGAUAGUGUGACCGAGUAG